AUGCAAUACCUGAAAGAGAACAACUUGCACCGCACGCUGGCUACGCUGCAGGAGGAGAGUACCGUAUACCUUCACACAGUGGAUAGCAUCGAUAGCUUCAUCUCAGAUAUAAACAACGGUCACUGGGAUGCAGUGUUACUGGCUAUCCAGCAUCUCAAGCUACCCUGCAACAUUCUCAUUGACUUGUAUGAGCAGGUGGUUUUGGAACUUAUUGAGCUGAAAGAAGUUGGAGCAGCCCAGUCAAUGCUGCGGCAAACAGACCCCAUGAUUUACCUGAAACAGACAGAGCCGGACAGAUAUAUCCACCUGGAGAACCUUUCAACGCGUCCGUACUUUGACCCUCGGGAGGCGUACCCAGAUGGCAGUAGCAAGGAGAAGAGGAGGAUGGCAGUUGCCCACGCCUUGGCAGCAGAGGUCAGCGUGGUCCCUCCCUCACGCCUCUUGGGACUUCUUGCGCAGUCGGUGAAAUACCAGCAGACUCAGGACGUGCUGCAUCCUGGCAUGGCUAUAGACAUGACACAGUGCAACGGAACCGUCUGCAACGGAGUGAAGGACAGCGACGAGGAGCACGUCCCUGCACAGCUCAUUUGCCACAUUCAGUUUGGACCAAAGUCUCACGUGGAGUGUGCGCGGUUCUCUCCUGAUGGUCAGUAUCUCAUCACUGGUUCUGUUGACGGCUUCGUUGAGGUGUGGAACUACACCACUGGAAAGAUCCGGAAGGAUCUAAAGUACCAGGCCCAGGACAACUUCAUGAUGAUGGAGGAUGCAGUGUUAUGUUUGGCCUUCAGCCACGACUCUGAGAUGUUAGCGUCUGGGGCUCAGGACGGCAAGAUCAAGGUGUGGAGGAUUCAGAGUGGACAGUGUCUGCGGAGGUUUGAGCGCGCUCACAGCAAAGGAGUGACUUGUCUCAACUUCUGCAAGGACAACGGUCAACUGCUCAGUGCUUCCUUUGAUCAGACCAUCAGGAUUCAUUUGCUGAAAUCGGGCAAGACACUGAAGGAGUUGAGGGGCCACACGUCCUUUGUCAGUGAAGCGAUAUUCUCGAAGGACGGCAACCACAUCAUCAGUGCGUCCUCAGACGGCAUCAUCAAGAUUUGGAACGUGAAGACGUGCGAAUGCACCAGCACGUUCAAAUCGCCAGGCUCGUCGGCAGGAGUGGACGUCAUGGUCAACAACAUGUUCCUGUUGCCCAAGAACCCCGAGCAGUUUGUGGUGUGCAACCGGUCCAGCACCGUGGUGGUCAUGAACAUGAAGGGACAGAUUGUGAGGAGUUUCAGCUCGGGUAAAAGAGAAGGCGGGGACUUUGUGUGCUGCACGUUGUCUCCGCAUGGCGAGUGGAUCUACUGUGUGGGCGAGGACCUGGUGCUGUACUGCUUCAGCACGCUCACCGGCAGGCUGGAGAGGAGCCUCACGGUUCAUGAUAAAGACGUGAUCGGCAUAACUCAUCACCCUCAUCAGGACAUCCUCGCCACCUACAGUGAAGACGGCCUGCUGAAACUCUGGAGGCCCUAAAUGGCUUCCCGUGGGCUGUCUGGAGAGUGAGCCCAGUCCCUCCACCAUGGGCAGUGUCUCAGUUCUGGACCUGGAGAACCCCCUCUGUGUAUUCAAGCCAUUAUUUCUGUCACAUUUCGACAGCAAAAUGGGUUUCUGAGAUCUCAAAGCACCACUCAAAGUUAGGGAAAAUGAAUGAAAUCAAAAUAUAUGCUCCUCAAAAUAGCUAGCUCAUCUAGGGGCCCUUGUGGUCCAGGUCUGAACACCAAGAUGAUGUAGAGCUGGGUUGGGCUGGGCUGGGCUGGGCUGGGAGGGGCGGUCUUUAUGGAGUGAAAUGUGUACACAGGUUUUCACUAGGAACUCAUCACUAACAUGACGGAGUAAUAGUUCAUAACUUGUGACUUUCAUUUUAGAAAUCUUCAUCUUGCCACCCGGACACGCAUUAGGCUCCUGCUAAUAUUGCCGAUCUAUACUGUACUCAUUUUCUGUCAUGUCACUUAAUUAUGCCAGAUUUCUGAUUUCUCAUGUAAGAAACACAGCUGAUUAGUGUUGAUGUGAGGGGGAAAAUAUUGUCUGUAUCUGCAAUAUGCAUGCUGAUUUCUACAGUGUUGAGUCUGGCCUUUUACGAAAAUCUUAGGGGUUCAGGUGGACGGCUUAAUACUACCAGAGUUGGCCCUGUUGUCAACUGCAGAGAGCUGCAACUGGACACAGAGUAUCAGUCAAGGGCUUCACUGUGUCUAACAGUGUCAUCUGGUGGAUGAUGUGGUUUUCUGUGACUACAUUUCGAGGUCUUGCAUGACACCAGGUAUGAAGUAAAACCUUGUCACCUUCCACUGAGAGGGAGUGGAGAGCAGUGAUAUGCUAAGGGCCUGUGUGUUCUAGCACUCGACCUCAUGAAGUUUACCAGCAUGCCGUAUCUGUACAGCAUGGGUAUCAACUGUAUAUGUGACCUACACUUCUUUACAUAGUUCUGUACUAUAUUUAGUGGGAUGUUGCUGCUUGUGUUUGACGUCUGCCGAGUAGUUUUAGCCAGUUGAUGUUAAAAGUGUAUCACUUCAGUGUCUUAAAUAUGGAAUUCUGAUUUCUUAUUUUGUUGCCUUACAUUGCUGAAUAGUUUCAGUGAAAGAGUAAGUUGCUCAUGAGUAUUUCAACUGCUAGUUGUAGUAUGUAUGGGCCAAUGCUAUCUUGCAAGCAGAAAGGCAAUAUGGCCACCAAUGAUUCCAUGGGAUCUUUAAGGGUGUUACCAUAUAUUUGCAAACGUCAUUGUCCUGUCAAAUGUCACUAUUUACACCAAGUUCAUUCACAUGCUCUGAGAGUAUACACUUGGUAUGUUCAUCAUUUUAUCAGUUAACUUUGUGUAUGCCAGAUAUCGGAGUAUGAUUCCAGUGAUACACUCCUUUUUAAACAGGAACCAUGUAGAGCAUUGUGUCUGUUGCAAGACUCUUUUACUCACCAUGGGGAAUUGCUGGCAUUGGAGUUUGUAUUGUGUUUGAAUCUCUGGAUCUUUGAGUGGAAAUUAGAGAGACUUUCCAAGGUCUCAGGUCUCAGGUUUACCAUACUGUAAAAAGUCCAUGGUUCAAUAAAGGCUUGAAGCUAAGUAAG